UGAAGUUUUUUCUCUUCACUAGGGUGGGAUUUGAAGCGUCUUCUUUGAGGGCUCCUCCUCUUAAACCUCAGGCCAUAUAGUGCACAUGGUGCAGAUUUAAUAGAUCUGCACUUGAGGAGCUGCUGAGAGUAAAAUCACAAUCAGGAGCUACGAUGCUGAGUCCUGGGAGCUGGUGUUGUGGCUUUGUAGCAGUUUGGGGAGGCAGGCGAUGAGCACCAGGCAAAUCUCUGUCUCGUGUACCUGCAGCACAAACUCUCAUGAUCAUGUGGGAAGUAAAAGUGGUGGUGUGUCUGCUCGCGGCCUCGCUCAUUCGCGCGCGGCUCGUCACGCACAGACCGGAGAGAGGAUGCCCGGAUGCGUGUGAUCCAUCCCGCUGCCCGUUCGCCCCGGACUCCUGCUUCUUCGGCGUGGUGAGGGACGCGUGCCACUGCUGUGCGGUGUGCGCCUCCGGGGAGGGUGACCCGUGCGGUGAGCGGGGCCGCGCGCGCUGCGGCGACGGCCUCCGCUGCGAUCGCGCGGCGGGGGCUCGCACGUGCGCGUGCGUCACCUCUGGACCCGUCUGCGGAAGCGACGGUCGCACAUACCCGAGUGAGUGCCGCCUCAGAGCCGAGAACCGGAAGGCCGAGCGGAGCCGCGCGCCCGCUGUCAUUCCUCUCCAAAAAGGCGCGUGCGAGUCCGGUUCUCAGAACCCCAGCAGCAUGCGCUACAAAUUCAACUUCAUAGCAGACGUAGUGGACAAGAUCGCUCCUGCAGUCGUUCAUCUGGAGCUGUUCAGAAGACUACCAUAUACAAACCAGGAAAUGCCAGUGUCCACUGGCUCAGGGUUUAUUGUGUCAGAAGAUGGCUGGAUAGUCACUAACGCCCAUGUACUAUCCAACAAACAGCGAAUUAAAGUGGAGCUGAACAACGGUGUCCAUUAUGAUGCUAUGAUCAAAGACAUGGACCAGAAAUUAGACAUCGCUCUAAUUAAGAUUGACUCAGAGGGGGCUUUGCCUGUCCUGUCUCUGGGCCGCUCCUCUGACCUGCGGCCGGGCGAGUUCGUGGUGGCCGUCGGCAGCCCGUUCUCUCUGCAGAACACCGUCACAACAGGGAUCAUCAGCACCACGCAGCGCGGUGGCCACGAGCUCGGCCUCCACAACUCCGACAUGGAGUACAUCCAGACCGACGCCAUCAUUAAUUACGGCAACUCCAGAGGGCCCCUUGUUAAUUUGGAUGGAGACGUCAUCGGCAUAAACACGCUGAAGGUCACGGCAGGAAUAUCAUUUGCAAUUCCCUCGGACCGGAUACGGCAGUUCCUCGCAGACUCCUACAAGAGACAAAGGAAAGGGAACACGCAGCCCAAAAAACGAUAUAUGGGGCUGAGAAUGUUUCAGCUGACGCCAUCUUUAAUCAGGAACCUGAAAGAGAGGGAGACCGAUUUCCCAGAUGUCAGUUCAGGAGUGUACGUCUACGAGGUGAUCCCUGGAACGGCUGCCUCCAGCGCUGGCCUGAAGAACCACGAUGUGAUCAUCAGCAUUAACGGCAAACCGGUUCAGAGCACGGACGACGUGAGUCAUGCGGUGCAAUCAGCCGAAACGCUCUUGGUGACGGUGCGGCGCGUCCACGAAACCGUCGCGCUAACAGUUGUUCCCGGAGAACUGGAGUGACAGCUCUGGCCGGCUGCGUCCCGGACACCAUUGGUGUCGGCCACAAUCUAAGACUUCCUAUUAGUCAGUAUUUUCGCUAUUCUUGGUGGUGACAGGACUAUACGUAUUACCCAUGAUGCACUGUGAACAAACGGUCAGUUUUAAUACAAAGAAAUAGCUGCUAGCAGCGAGUAGGUUUACAUAUCUAAAAACUUCAUCGUUAAGCACUAAUUAGUUGAUUAGCUAUCAGUGAUUCGUUUCCGAGUAGGCUACGGAAGUACGUUAUUUUUUACACAAACACAAUACAACACAAUACGCUCCUC